CCCGCGGCCGGACAAAGACAGUGUGACUGAGUGUGGGAGAGGAAUGGCGCCGGCGGCUGAAGGAACAAGAACAGAAACCGCUGGAAAAGCUGAGCAGGUCCGGCAGCUCGUGUUGAGAGAAAUGUGAGGACGUGUUUCGGGUCCGGGGAUCCUUCUUCAGAACAGGACCAGGUUUCAGAAACAUCCCGGGGAGGUCGCCAGGUCCGAGCGCCAAGACCCGGCUCCUGCCCCCGGGGAGAGGAGACAGUGAGACAGGGUUAUUUGAAGAUCUGAAGAAGGAAAUUUCAAAAUCGACAGAUGAAGGCCUCAUGCCCGAAGCAUUGACUUCUGAUCCUCGGAUGCUGCCUGACCUACAGUGCUUUUCCAGCGUCACACUUUUGAACUCUUGUCUCCAGCAUCUGCAAUCCUCACUUUCACAUCAAUGUCUGACAGUGACACUGGGACAUCGGGACUGCAACGAAUUUUGUGAUUCUGUGAGAAGGAGCAAAGCGUUUGCUUCCUGUUCGAAUACAUUUUCAGAAUCCGUGGGACUGGAUGAGAGACCCUACGUUGCAGCGCAGUGAGUGUGGAGCCUGAAACAGUUAUACGGCCUAGAAAGAGGAAUUUCACGGCAGGGUGGGGCUGUACCCACGUUUUGUGCAGCUGAAGCUUCGGCCAUGGAGAAACCCGAGGAGUCCCGCACUGUGAAGAAACCGUGGAACUGUGGCGACUGUGGGAAAGGCUUCUGUGCCCCGUCUGCUCUGGAGACUCAUCGGCGCAGUCACACCGGUGAGAGGCCCUUCAGCUGCCCCGAGUGCAGGAAGGGUUUACCCAGGCAUCCACCGUGCUGACCCACCAGCGGGUCCACAUGGGGGAGAGGCCUUUCAGCUACCAUGAGUGUGGGAAGGCCUUCAGCAAUUCCUUUGCCCUGCUGAGGCACCAGCGAAUCCACAAGGGGGAGAGGCCACUCUCCUGCUCCGAGUGCAGGAAGGCCUUCAGUGAUUCCUCCCACCGGCGGGUCCACACAGGGGAGAGGCCCUUCAUCUGCUCCGAGUGCAGGAAAGCCUUCACCCAGGCCUCUGCCCUGCUGAUCCACCAGCGGCUCCACACAUGGAAGCGGCCCUUCAGCUGCCCAGAGUGCGGUAAAGGCUUCAGCGAUUCCUCCACCCUUCAGACCCACCAGCGGGUCCACACGGGGGAGAGGCCCUUCAGCUGCUGUGAAUGCGGGAAGUGCUUUACCCAGGCCUCUGCCCGGCUAAGACACCAGCGGUCCCACACCGGGGAGAGGCCCUUCAGGUGCCCCGAGUGCGGGAAGGGCUUUGCUCGGGCCUCCAACCUCCAGACCCACCAGCGGAUCCACACGGGGGAGAGGCCCUUUAGUUGUCCCAGGCGCAGUAAGGUGUUCACCUGCUCCUCCCACCUGCAGAGGCACCAGCAAGUUCACGUGCCAUAGCAGGGGCAUUGAAGGAGUGACGGCUGAGUGCCAUUAUCGACUGGAGUAUUAACUCAGUUCCGGGGCCUCCCGGGUUCGAAUCCUGCUGUGGCAGAUGGUAAAAUUGGAAUUCAGUGAGUAAUCUGGAGUUCCAAGUCUAAUGAUGAAGCCAUUUUUGGGGGGAGUUGGGGUGAAGGGGGUGGGAGAAAACCCCCAUCUGAUUCACUCACGUCGUUUAUCGGGAAGGAAACUACUGUUGUAGGAAAGGAUUCACUCAGUCGUCCCAGCUGCAUCCUUUACCCUGUCUGGCCUAUGGUUGAAUCUACCCCCCCCAAUCCCCAUUCUCUCCCUCAUCCCAAUUCUCUCCCCCACUGGGCCCCUCCCUCUCACCAGCAAAUGAACAGGGAGAAACCUACUUGGAUACAGAGUAUACGUUGAAAUUGCUGAGUGAGGCAAUACUUCCUACAGGUUAAGAAAGGGAGUGUGUGCGCUUUAACCUUGAGCUAUUUUUAAAUGAAAAGCUACUUUUUCUACGCCUUUUUGCUGAGGGGAAUCUGAAGCUGUAACCAAGUUGGGUCACAAUAAAGGGUUACCUGAACUUAC